AAACUUCACCUCCCAAAAACACCCAUCAAAUCCCUAAAACCCCUUAAACCCUAAAAAACCUCUCCUUCCUCAAUUUUCCCAAAUUCAACAAUGGCGUUCUCUGCAAUUCUUCGUAAUUCCGCAAAAAAGGCGGCGCCUUUCGCCGCUCGUAUGAUCGGAUCUCAGAGCAACACGAAAUCUUCCGCCGCCGUAUUCUCUGCCGUCAAACGCGCCACUCUCUCUCCUCGAUUAUUUCACUCUGCUACUUACUCUUCCGUCCGCCAUUUCUCCUCGAACAGUACUUCUUCUGAUAACAAGCUUGUUGAAGUUCUUCAAAGUGAAAUUAAUGUUGUUGAAGAGUCUGAGGAUAUUGAUAAGACUGUUGAGGCUCCGGGUAGCUUCCCUUUCAAGAUUGAGGAUAUCGCUGGAGAGCAGACUGUGACUCUGACAAGAGAAUAUGAGGAUGAAACCAUAACAGUUGAAGUGUCUAUGCCUAGUCUUGUUACUGGUGAGGAAGAAGAUGAGGAGGAUGACGAUGAUAAAGACGAUGAAAAUGAGUCAAGCUCACAGUCGAGUGUACCACUUCUUGUAACUGUAACCAAGAAGAACGGACCGGCUUUGGAAUUUGAUUGCACUGCUUACCCAGAUGAAAUUGCCAUCAACAGUCUCUCGCUGAAAAAUCAUGAAAAUGAAGAUCAACUUGCAUAUGAAGGCCCUGAUUUCCUUGAUCUGGAUGAAAAUCUGCAAAAGGCCUUCCACAAAUAUCUGGAGAUUAGGGGUAUCAAGCCAAGCACAACAAACUUUUUGCAUGAGUACAUGAUUGAGAAGGAUAACAAAGAGUAUCUUAGGUGGCUCAAGGAUGUCAAGAAAUUUGUCGAGGCAUAAGCUUUGAUACACUUACUGAGAUCUAUGCUGCGGAAAUGCCCGGAAACUGUUCCAUAAGCAAGAUCUGAAGAGGGGGGGGGGGGGGGUUAUAGGACCAUUCUUGUUGCUAGUAGUUAUAAUACUCAUAAUGUAAGCAUGGUUAAUGAACGUAUAUUCUUGAGACCAGUUGCUCCAUUUCAAUAGUUCAAGCAAACUUAGAAGAAUAUCAAUCUCACCUUUCCAGAGUCUCUGUUUCAUCUUUAAAUAUUUUCUAUUUUUAUACUGAAGUGGGUGGAGUUGAUAUCCAAAAGUAAUUGUUAAAUCCUUCAA